CCGCAAGAGCGCAUUCAUGGAGAGUCUCAAGGCGGUGUUCUUUGGGCCCGACCCGCAAGCCCAGAUGAGAAAAUGCAAUGCUUUAAUACGCACAAACACACGGCAACUUGACCGCGAUCUAGCCCGGCUAAAAGCCAGCGACAGCCAGACUCGCCAGUACAUUGUCAAUGCCUCUAAACGGGCUCAGCGAAAUCCAUCCCAGGCCAAGCAAGCCAACAAUGACACCAAAGUCUUUGCAAGGGAGCUGGUGCGCAUCCGGAAACAGACCACACGGUUGAAUACCAGCCGAGCCCAACUGCAGAGUGUGGGAAUGCAGGUCAAUGAAGCCUUCUCGGCGCGCAAAAUCCAGGGCAGUCUGCAAAAGUCAACUGGGAUCAUGAAGGAUGUGAACACCCUGGUCCGACUGCCUCAAUUGUCUGCGACCAUGCACCAACUGUCUUCAGAAUUAGUUAGGGCAGGUAUUAUCGAAGAGAUGGUUGAUGAUGCUACCAUGGACCCUUCUGUCUUUGAAGAUGAGGAAGGGGAAGCAGAAUCAGAGAUCGAGAAGAUCCUGCAGGAAGUUUUGCAGGGCAAACUCGCCCAGGCGCAGCCCGUCACGACCACACCUGUGGCCAAAAUCUCGGAGCCGGAAUCCCCACAAGCCGAGGAGGAAUUCGAAGACCAAGAAGCCACUCUCGCGCAGAUGCGAGGCCGGUUGGAAGCUCUCAAGAGCUAG